UUUUUUUUUUCUGUUUUCUUUUUAGCUCUCCCAUUUUAUUUUUAUUCUUUUGCCAGUCAAGCUUUUAUCUUUGACAAAUUUAAUAUUAAAAAAAAGAAAAAAAGGUUUUGUAAUGAAAAAAAAAAGGGAAAACUCCACUACCUGGUUUAUAUUGAAGACCGUUUUUGAUGAUAAAAAACUAGAUUAAAGUAGAAGCAAUCUGGUUUUUCUUGCAUGAGAGCUUCUAAUGGCUGCUUGCUGUUCCAUGGACAAGCUAUAAAGUACCAGUGAACGAUGAUGGUUUUGAGGAUAGGUGGGAAACAGUAUGUGUCAUGAGCAACAAGAAGCAGGGAACGGAGUCGUGAGUGAGGGGCAAGGUUUGGGUUCAUCUGAGGAAGAUGAGUUAAGGGUUGUUGAGAGAACUGUAAAUGUAAGCAAUGGGCCCUUGGGAGCAAUUGAGGCACGUGAUGGGUCGCAAAUACCUCAGCAACAACCUCAAGGUUCCAUGAUAUGUUGGGAGAGGUUCCUCCCUAUUCGGUCCCUCAAAGUUCUCCUUGUGGAAAAUGAUGACUCAACACGCCAUGUUGUGAGUGCAUUACUACGGAAUUGCAGUUAUGAAGUUAUGGCCGUUGCAAAUGGUCUUCAAGCGUGGAAAGUCCUAGAAGAUCUGACGAACCACAUUGAUAUUGUCCUGACAGAAGUGGUCAUGCCUGUUUUAUCAGGAAUUGGUCUUUUAUACAAGAUUAUGAACCACAAAACUUUCAAGAACAUCCCUGUGAUAAUGAUGUCAUCUCAUGAUUCUAUCAGCCUAGUCUUUAAAUGUUUGUCAAAGGGUGCAGUUGAUUUUUUAGUAAAACCUAUUCGGAAGAAUGAACUUAAAAAUCUCUGGCAGCAUGUUUGGAGGAGAUGCCACAGUUCUAGCGGCAGUGGGAGUGAAAGUGGAACACAGUCAAAAAAGUCUAUUAAGUCAAAAAGUAAUGAUGAGUCUGAGAAUUAUGCUGGCAGCAGUGAUGAGCAUGAUAACGAGAGUGAUGAUCUGAUUAUCCGUGAUGGAAGCGAAAAUGGGAGUGGCACUCAGGGUUCAUGGACAAAAAGGGCAGCUGAAGCUGAGAGCUCUCAGCCAACGUCAUCCUCAAAUCAAUUGCCUGAUGCUCCUGAUAGCACUUGUGCUCAGGUGGUCCAUGUAAAGCCUGAAAAAUGUAGGACUCAGUGGGUACGUGUUACCAAGACAAAAGAACGCCAAAAACAGCAUCAAUUAGUUGAGGGCAAGGACGUGGAACUAAGAGUUAAAAGAAAUCCAGAACUGCAAUGUGGACAUCAACAUGAAAAUCUACCUACUCAUCAGGAAAGCAUAAAGCAGAAUGGAUUGCCUGAAGCAGAAUGCAAGCAAUUUGACAGCAGACAGUUGGAGCACCAGAAUGAGAACAUAACUGAAGUCAAAGAUGGAACAUGCCAUGGCUCUGGAGAAACACCAUCACUUGAACUGACUCUUAAGAGGCUACAAGGAGCAGCAGAUAGUCGAAUCGCUGCAAAUGAUGAGCAUAAUGUUUUGAGACAUUCUGAUUCGUCAGCUUUCUCAAAAUACAGUACUGCAUCCUCUGCUAAUCAGGCUCCCACAAGAAAUGUAGGAAGCUGUUCUCCACUUGAUAAUAGUUCUAUUACAAUGAAGACAGAAACAGUGCGCACUUUUCCAUCUCAAUCAAAUGGGAUUCUUUUGAAUCAGCCAUCAAUUGGAAGCAGCAACAAAAAUGAUGUUAUCACCGCUGCUAAACGUGCCAGCUCAAAACCAGAAGCUUUGAAUGACAAGUGCGGGGCCAUGUCAGCAUUUAAACACUUUCACUCAUCUUCCUACCAACCAACGCCGAAUGGUCAUAUUUGUUCAUCACAAGACGUGUUAACUGAGAAGGCAGAUGAUACUGGAUUUAAAACUGCACAUUCACAAUCGAGAAGUUCAAAUCAGGUGUUUCAUGUGCAGCACCAAUGUCAUCUCCACCAAGUUGGGAAAGAGCAGCAUCAGUUGCAGCCAGACCAUGAUACCUCACUGAAGAUUAUGGCAGUAACUGCUUCACAAUGUGGAUCAUUCAAUGUGUUUGAAGGGCCCUCUGAAUGUAAUAUUAUAACCUAUAGUGUAAAUGGGAGUGUCUCGGGGAGUAACUAUGGCAGCAAUGGACCUAAUAGGAGCAGCACUGCUUUAAAUGCUGAACAGGCAAUCAUGGAAAGUGAAAAUGGGGCAGCUGGUGCAAUGAGUGGGAGAAGCAGCGGUAGUGGAGCAGAUGGAGAUAGGGUUGCACAGAGAGUCGCUGCCUUGACCAAAUUUCGUCAGAAAAGGAAAGAAAGAUGUUUUGAGAAGCGGGUCAGAUACCAGAGCAGGAAAAAGCUGGCAGAACAACGACCUCGUGUCAAGGGACAGUUUGUGCGGCGGCUAGUGUCUGAUUCUGAUGGAGGAAAAGAUUGUUUGAGUAAUGGCCUUGCAUCUGAAGAAAAUUCUUCGGAUAGUGUAAGAUGACACAGGCAGGGUUGCAGAUUGCUAACUUGACCCUUUUCCCUGAUAAUGCAUAUAAAUAUUUGUAAAUGAGACGAGCACUGGCAGUGUGUUUAGGGAAGGAAUACGUUCCAUAUGGACUGAUGGGUUUUUUCUCUCUUCCUUCGAUGAGGGGCUAAUACUAUACUGCAGGAAAACAAACAAUAGAAUUUUAGAACUUAUAUGAAUAGUUUGAACUGUCUGUUGUCAUUGUAAACUAUGAUGAAUUGCUGCAUGGAGACUGAUCUUGAAUGGGAUAAUUUCCUAUUAUUCUUCAUGGAACUAAA